AUGGCAAAACCUUUGGAUCACAUAAAGAGGCCCAUGAACGCUUUCAUGGUGUGGUCUCGCGGUCAGAGACGAAAGAUGUCACUGGAGAAUCCCAAAAUGCACAACUCUGAAAUCAGCAAAAGACUUGGCGCGGAAUGGAAGUUGCUUUCCGAAUCAGAGAAGCGACCAUACAUUGAUGAAGCCAAGAGAUUGCGCGCGCAACACAUGAAAGAUCACCCCAACUACAAGUACAGACCUCGGCGCAAACCCAAGAGCUUGCUAAAGAAGGACCGGUUCCUUUUCCCCUUUCCCUUCCUCGGGGACGCAGAACAUUUGAAAGGAUUUUCCACCGAGUCCAUUUUGGCAUCCGCUGAGAAAGCUAGAGCCCUUUUGCCGCCGACGUCGUCACCAUAUUCGCUCCUUGACCCAGGUCAAUUCAGCACCGGUGCUGUCCAGAGGAUCUCAGAAAUUCCCCACGCUCUGGGUGCCAACGGCUUGUCCUAUGCGCCCUCUUUUGGAUACCAGACUGGCGCGUUUGGAAGUUUGGGAUGCCCCAGCCAGCACACUCAUACUCACCCGUCCUCCACGAACCCGGGGUACGCCUUGCCCUGUAACUGUGGCACUUGGUCGGCGACGGGUUUACAGCCUCAGGUUGCAUACAUCCUUUUUCCAGGUAUGGCCGGCAUAGACCCGUACUCCUGUUCACCACAUUCAAGUGUGUGA